UCCCCUGUCCACCCCUACUCAACUUACCAGUCCCCUGUCUACCCCUACUCAACUUACCAGUCCCCUGUCCACCCCUACUCAACUUACCAGUCCCCUGUCUACCCCUACUCAACGUACCAGUCCCCUGUCCACCCCUACUCAACUUACCAGUCCCCUGUCUACCCCUACUCAACGUACCAGUCCCCUGUCCACCCCUACUCAACGUACCAGUCCCCUGUCCACCCCUACUCAACUUACCAGUCCCCUGUCCACCCCUACUCAACUUACCAGUCCCCUGUCCACCCCUACUCAACUUACCAGUCCCCUGCCCACCCCUACUCAACCUACCAGUCCCCUGUCCACCCCUACUCAACCUACCAAUCCCCUGUCCACCCCUACUCAACCUACCAGUCCCUGUCCACCUCUACUCAAUAUACCAGUCCCCUGUCCACCCCUGCUCAAUUUGCAGUCCCUGUCUGCCCCUACUCCAAGCUUACCCCAGUCCCUGCUCCACCCCUACUCCAACUUACCCAGUCCCCUGUAUCCCAUAGGGAACACAUUCAAGGGACUUUCCUUCUAAUCUGA